UGCCCCCUAAAGAUGCAUAGGAGACGGAGGAAGCUCCAAGUCCCAGAGAUCCAGGAGCUGCCCCAGAGCACAGGGACCCCAGGGAGACUGCGACCAGAAAAGCUCUCGCCCCCCUCGAGAGGCACAGAGGAUCGCCUCGGGGGGCCACAACCAGCAGCCGGCAGAGUCCCGGGAGAUAUCAGCGGCAAGCCCACAGGCCCGCCCGCAGCCUCCCACCCCAUAGCCGGCCGAGCCCGGAACCCAGCAACCUGGGACCCAGGGGCGGCCACCCCCGCCGGGGACCCAGCAGAGCCCAGGGACCCAGACCCCACCAGGCAGCCACCGGGAUUGGUCAGGCAGAUGCCAAAAAUCUUAAACUCCCUGACUCGGGAGCUUCGAACACUCAGACAGACCAAGGCACCGCACUCCACACCAGGUGUGGCAGGGGGAGGGGGAACGAAUAUGUAUAGCAUCAAAAGAAGUCCCAGAAGAUGGGAGGAGUCAAUGGCCCCACCUGACAUAUACAGUCAUGCACAGACUCAGUGACACACUCCCUCCCUCAUGCUCACAGAUACACAUACAACCAAAGACUUACAAAAAUGCACGCCAGACACCCACUCAUGCUCCCCAUACACACCCUAUUCACUCUGGUCCCGGUACUGCUGCACAUUGGGUACAACCAUUACCAAUUCCCAGAGUUCGACCCUUUCUGCUGGGGUGCUGAUGAGCAGGCUCCCCCGCCCAACGCUGAGCACAGCAACCCACCACCCCAGACCCCAACCAGAUGGCCAGAUCCCCCUCCUAGCCUCCAGCCUCGGGAAGCCAAGCGACAACAGAGGUGUGCUAAGACCCCUAGUCUCCCUCCGCCUGCUCCAAUAUGGUGUUAGUGAGUGUUGAUGAGGUGUAUUCCAUGGCUGUGGUGAGCUGGCAGUGCGGGCAUCAUCUGGCCUAUGCCAGCUGAUGCCACCACACCACCCCACUUGCACCCACAACCCUCUGUGUCUAAGUGCAGUUUAAAAUUGGAAGUAGGCACCGGCACUCGGAAUGAGGCUGAAAAAUCCCCCUGCCAACUGCCAUUGUGUGUGCUCACUCCCAAGGCCCUAAGUGUGUGUUUGCGUGGAAUGUCGUUGGUGGAAGUAUUUAAGGUGCAAAUAAAAUUGGGGGGCAGGUUGCCACAGGAAUGAGGAAAUGGGGUCCAUACCCGCACCCCCUGAUUUGUCCACCCACCAAGGUCCUAUGUGCAUGAUUGUGUUAUGAUGUGAGGGAGCAGGAGGGGAAAAAUGUGUGGGGAUGGGGAGGAAUGGCUGGUUGGACUAAGUCCUCCAGGGAGCCAGCUUCCCCACCGGCCCCAAUAGGCACCUCCUUUGCCAAAAUGCCACCCAGGGCAUGGAGACCCCAGCCCAUCUUGCCAGGGCCCAAAGCAGCAGCAUGGCCUUCUAAAUGAAGGUGUACUAAUGUCCCAACCUCCUGGUGGAUAAAUAAGGCCAUCCCACUGUCGAACACAACUCACCAUGAUGGAUCAGUGGUCCACAGUUAGUAAUAAACCUCAGCAAGGCUUGAUGCACCACAUCACCCUUACUAACCCAGUUUUAGUCGUUUCCUUAGAUGUUUUCUCCGCUUGAUGCAUGCUGAUGAUCUGACCCUUCUCACCCAGACUAACUUCUUUUCCACGACCACCAGAUGUGUCUUUCCACCUGGUUGUUUAGGAAAUGAGGACGUAGCUAUUUGCUUAGUUAAAUCCAGGUGGACACUCGUUUUUUGGCCAUGCCGUGUAUACAGGAUGGCUUGCCAGAAAACUGAAUCAGCUGAUUUGACAACAUCAUCAGGUGCUGAAGCCUCUGCAGUCAAAUGAGUCAUUUGUGAGUUAAAAUGUGUUUUAAUUGUCCCAGUAUCUCUGGAAAUCUCUUGUUAUACUAAACGCAAAUGCUUGAAGCGAGACAUUUUGCAUGUUUGAGCUGAAAUUCAGACGCCAAAGAUCUGAAGUCACAGGUGGAAGAAGCGAGGAACGCAUCAGGAUGGAGAAAGUUCUGCUCUGCACCAUCGCUGCAUCUGCUCUGUGUGCCGCCUCCUCCAUCAGAUACCGUCAGUACCAUUUUAUUUAUGACCCGAAGAACUGGACCGAGGCUCAGACCUACUGCAGACAGACGUACACGGACCUGGUGACGGUGGACAGCUACAGCACGGUGACCACGCUCAACAGCCUGGCUGAUGUGACCCAAAUGGGCUCCACCAAACACGCCUGGAUCGGUUUGUACUUUGACGUGAUCGACUGGAAGUGGUCUCUGUCAGACGAAGAUUUCUACAAAAAUAACGAGGCGACGUAUACGAACUGGUACCCAGGACAACCAGACAGCAUCUGGUACACAGAAUAUUGUGGAAAUAUAUACGUGGACCAGGGCAGAUGGUGGGAUACUCCCUGCGAUAAUCUCUUAAGCUCAAUAUGCUCCAACGUCAGCGGGGGAAAUGUGACUUUUGUCUUAAUUACUAAUCCGAUGAACUGGACUGAUGCUCAGCGCUACUGCAGACAGCAUUACACAGACCUGGCCAGCGUGAGGAACCUGUCGGAGAAUGCGCAGAUACAGAAGCUGAUAACCGGAUCAACCUGGAUCGGGCUUUACAAAAACACCUGGAAGUGGUCAAAUGGGCCCUUCUUCAUGUAUAAUUACUGGCAAAGUUCGGAACCAGACGGUGGGGACGAGAAAUGUACCGCAGCCAACUUUGCCAACUCUGGUCGGUGGAUGGACUUGGCGUGUGGACUGGAGAAGCCGUUCGUCUGCUACCACGACCCCGUGCCGUUGUGGAGGACGGGGAUAAAGCUGAAGCUGGUGAAAACCUCGGCUCUGCGUCUGGAGGACCCUGCUGUUCAGGAGGACUUACUGCAGCAGUUUUAUGUUUCAGCUAAAACAGAAGCUGAUGAACCAAAACGUGACCGGAGACGUGGAACUGAGCUGGAAGAGGCAACCCAGCAGAGACGUCUUCUACCGAGACAAGACCAGCAAAAACUAGGAAACAGAUUUCUUGUUUUUGUUCAGAUUUUCUUUUGCUCUUAAAGUUAUAAAACAGUACAAUUGGCCUUCAGACAUGAAUUAUUAGAUUUUCAUCCAGAAUUCCUGCAAACAUAAACAGAAAUGAUGAGUUUUUUUCAGAGUACAACUUUGUUUCAGCUCCAGUAGUUUGAGUAAACUGAGCUUUCACGGGGCCGAAGCUCGAAGGCUGCAUCUAGACAUAAAACUUGAAUACAUGUAUAAACCAAACACAUACAGACGCAAAUCUCUGCUGUUGUUUUAUUUAGGUUCAUAUUUGACUCUAACUGAAAAUGUAUUUGAUGAGUUUAUUGUUUGAAUUCUUAAUUGUAAAGUGAGUCAUUUUCCAUCAGAAAUCUUUAAUCUCAAGGUUACAAAAACACUGAUUUUCUUUUAAAUUGUUCAUAUUUGUUAGAUUGUUUGGUUUAGACGGUUUGUAGUCGAGCUUUAGAUGUUCUAUUAAAUGUGAACAUUUGCUAUUGUUACACUAUUGAUCCUUUCUUUGCCUAAUUAGCUUAUUUAUUGAAGUUAUCAUUGAAAUACGUUGUAUUCUCUUUGUUUUCUGAUGUGGGAUCUGGUUCAGCUGAACGGAUCGUGUUUUCUGACUGACUCGCUGUAUUCAAGCAAAACUUCUGGGUUUUAGCAUUUAGGAAAGCAUUUUUUAACUUAUUUACCUGAUAAACAAGAAAUAAAAUCCAUAAAAACA